GGAUUCUCAUUACAUUUUUUUUGAACAUAUGAGGAUUCUCAUUACAUUAAGCACACCCACUUCAUACUUCCUUCCCAUUUGCCUACCUCUUUAAUCAUUACUCUACUCUUUCGUCCUUUCCAUUUCUUCUUAUAUAUCCUUCCUCUUCCCCUACUUUGUCUUGCAACAAUAUAAUCUACCUAGCUUGUCUUAGCUCUCUCACUAAAAUCGUGUCAAAUUCGCUAACACUUUUUUUUCGUCGAGUUUAGAACCUCAUAUUAGUAAGGAAUCAAUAUGGGGAGUCUUUCAAUUAGCAAUGGAAAUGGAUUUAAUGAUAAUGGUAUUUGUGGUAAUGGAUUAAUUGGGAAAGGUCAAAGUGGAGGUGAUCAAGGUCAAAGAAGAAGUUGCUGGUAUGAAGAAGAGAUUGAGGAAAACUUGAGAUGGUCAUUUGCUUUGAAUAGAAUAAUACACACAGGAGCAACUCAGUAUCAAGACAUACAGCUUUUGGACACAAAACCAUUUGGGAAGGCUUUGGUUAUAGAUGGAAAGCUCCAAAGUGCAGAGAUUGAUGAAUUCAUCUAUCAUGAAUGUCUUGUCCACCCGCCGUUGCUUCAUCAUCCAAGUCCCCAAAGCAUCUUCAUUAUGGGAGGAGGUGAAGGUUCUACUGCAAGAGAAAUUCUUAGGCAUCAGACUGUUCAAAAGGUUGUCAUGUGUGACAUCGAUGAAGAAGUUGUUGAUUUUUGCAAGUCCUACUUAGUUGUGAACAAGGAAGCGUUUUGUGAUCCUAGACUCGAGCUAAUCAUUAACGAUGCUGGAGCUGAGCUACAGAGCCGCGUUGAGAAGUAUGAUGUGAUUAUAGGAGACCUCGCGGAUCCUCUUGAAGGCGGUCCAUGUUAUAAGCUCUAUACAAAAUCAUUCUACGAAAGCACUGUAAAGCCUAAACUUGGCCGCAAUGGUGUAUUUGUCACACAGGCUGGACCAGCUGGAAUUUUCAGCCAUACUGAAGUUUUCACUUGCAUUUACAACACACUGAAGCAAGUAUUCAAAUAUGUUGUUCCUUACUCGGCUCACAUUCCUUCGUAUGCUGAUACUUGGGGCUGGGUCAUGGCAUCAGAUUCCGAGCUUAUGUUGAAGGCAGAGGAGUUUGAUCUAAGAGUCAAGCAAAGGAUGAACGGUGAAAACAGAUUCUUGGAUGCUACAACUUUCUUAUCUGCUUCAACUUUGAGCAAAGCUGUUCGAAACUCGUUGGAUAACGAGUCUCAUGUAUACACUGAAGGGGAUGCAAGGUUCAUUUAUGGUCAUGGCAAACUCAACUAAUUAAAUAUGUGACUCUAGUUUAAUGAAAUACUCCAUCCGUCUGAAAUUAGUUGUCAAAUCACACUGCUUACGAGAUUACUAAUUUCGGAACAAGAGAGUAUAAACAAGUGGAAGAAAUCUUAACUUUGGACCAGUUUUAUUUGAGCUAGUUUGUGGUACUUUCUUUUUAAUUUGUUGCUUUUUUUUUACAUUUGUAGUUAAAAUGAAGGAAAAUAAUAUUGGUUUUGGUAUUAGUUAGAAACUCUUAAUAAUAUCCGCAUUUAGUGA